GGGCAUCUUCCGUUCAAUCGUUUUUACAUUUUCCAGUUAUGAACAGUGUUUAUGGGUAUUCAACAGUCAGUUUACAUGUGCACCUGCUUAUUACUAUCGUUAAUUCUCGAGUGUCUAUCGGCGUAGCCAAUUUGACGUUCCGUUCCACCUUCUGUAAGCAAAAGGCAGAAACUUCCUUCGUCCCAUUUCCAGCUGUUGCGCAUUCCAGGGCACAGGGUUGCUGCUGACGGAGAAGACAGAGGGCAGCGCCGUCAGUGUCAAAACUCGCUUUUGUGAACACUGUGGUUUGACUGUCGGUGGCAGCAGUGAUGUCCACAAAUCUGUAGCCAAAGGCUAUCCAACGCUACCGACAGUUUAUUAUUUAAACUGGACGAGAGCAGUUGCCUGAGCUUGCGUCUGGAUACAAUUUGUUUUGGCAGACUUUUCAUGACCGACACCGACCGCUCACUCUCAACCAUGGACACAGGCAACUGCCUGGAGGACCCCUCCCAACCAGGGACUGAACAACGUAGCCAUGUCCAUCACACAGUCAAUCCUGCCUCACCCACCAUUAACCCCACCUCCUCUACAACUGUGCUCCUGACUCCGCUCCUCAGUCCGCCCCUGGACUUGAUUGACACAGGAAAGGGACUGAAGAUGCAGACGGCCAGGCCCCACCUGGUCAGCCUGGGGAGUGGCCGUCUGAGUGUGGCCAUCACUGUGCUGCCCCUCAACGAAGGAAUCACCCGGAUUGGUCGAGAGGAUGCACCCGUUCCCCAGGACAUCACCAUCGAAGGCCCUGGGAUUGAGGUGGAGCACUGCCAAAUCGAGAACCGGGAUGGCAUCAUCACCCUGGACCCCUGCGGCAACCUGUGUGCGCUGGAUGGAGUACCUGUUACUGAGCCCACCCCGCUAACGCAAGGGUAUGCUCUGUGUCUGGGUAAAUCCUAUUUCUUCCGCUUUAACCACCCAGAGGAAGCCAGCCGAAUGAAGAGCAUGCUGCCCAAGAAAAACCCUGUGUCCUUGCUGGCCUACGGCUCAGACUAUCUGAAGUUUGGCAUGGACUACAGCCAUGGAGUGGACAGGGCUAAGGGCCAGACAGGGCAGUCAGAGGUGGAGCUACAGGACCUGAUGAAGACGCUGCAGCACAGGAAAGUAGCAGUGGAGCGCAACAAGCGAGCCAAUGGGGACUGCAGCCCCUCCUACUUUAGUCUGACAAAGUCCCCGCCCACUAGCCCCACCCCAGGCUCGCCUCAGACCACAGGCCUCCACCAGGAGCAGGGGGACUCCUGGGAGCGAAUCCCUCCCUACACCUGCUCCAAUGCACGGAAUCUGUCCCAGGACAGCCUGUUGACUCCUCUCAUUGCAGAAAGGGAGAGCCCCCUCUUCCCCGUGCGAAACAGUUCCUCUGUAGGCAAACCACCCCCCUCAGCACCAGCCAGCAUGCCUUCCAGCCCCCACCUCUCCCGCUGGCUCCACCCCCAGGAGGUGAGGCGGGAAGGGGGCAGCGGGGCCCGGGACCUGGGCCCAGACCUGGACCCCAGACGGCGGAAGUACUCAGCGGGGUCCCUGAGAGGGAUGAUGGGUAACCACAGCCGCUCGUUACCCCGCCUCUACAGAGCGGCCGACACUCCACUCACCCUGCUCCCCCGUCGUGACCCCGAGCCCUCCCGAAAUGGCCAGGUAGAGGUGGUCUCAAUCUCCCUCUCCUCCAAGGGCUCCACCUCCUGGAGAUCCACCUCCGACAAUGUCACCGCGGCGACCAGUGUCUCCGCCAGCCCUCGCGUGGCCAAGAAGAUGAACCUGACAAGCUGCUACUCGCCCGAGCAGUGGGCCAACCUACAGGGGUCCUUGUCCCGGCUGGACCUGGGGCUGAGUGAGAGGAGGCCAUCCUUUGGGAAGGCGGGGCUGGGGCCGGGCACAGGUCAGGGGGCCUUCUGGGAGAGGAGGGGCAGCAUCAGCUCCCUAAGUGGGAAGGAGGAGCUGCAGGACUACCACCAGUGGCAGAGAGAUGAGAGGCUGCGUGAGCAAGAGGUGGAGAGGCUGGAGAGGCAGCGUCUGCAGACGAUCCUCAACCUGUGCUCCAAGCUGAACCCUACAGAGAAAGGCCAGGGCGGCUCGGUGGCAGCCAAUCUGUGCAGGAUCAACAAGGAGCUGGAGAAGCUGCUGGUGUCUGACGAUGAAGCCGCAUUCUCUGAUGAACCCGGGGCCGUGCCUGAAGGCGGCUGCGAGCUCCCGGACUGCCAGAAUGGGAGCAGCUCCUCUCCCUCCCUGCAGCCCCUCGCAACCCCCAUGCAGAGGACGGCAGAGACUCCAGAUGAUGGGCAGCUGAAGCAGGAGGUGGCCCGCAUUGAGGAGGAGAGAAUCCAAGUGCUGAACAACAUGGAGGAGCUAGAGCAGAAGAUCAAAGACCUGGACAACCAGAUGGAGGAGUCUGUACAGGAGAUGGAGGUGGAGCAUGCUCUGCUGGAGGGGGAGCAGCAGGCAGAGGCCUCACAGCUGCAGCAGGCGAAGGAGGUGCUGGAGCAACUCAGCGAAAAACUGGCAAACCUGAAGAAAACCGUUCAGGUGGAGAAAUCCCAGUUCAGGGCCCAGCUGGCUGCAGAGAUGACCAAGGUGGAGAGGCUGGCCGGGCUGGUCUCCAAGCAGAAGAUCCAGCUAUACACCCGCCCUGAGGCCCAGAAGGAGCAGCUCCAGCUCCAGCUGUCCAGGGAUACAGAUGCAUUGGAGGUGGCGAAGAAGAGGUUUGAGGACCUGGAGUUCCAGCAGCUGGAGUGUGAGAGCCAUCAGGAUGAGAAUGAGACAGUGAGCCAGCAACUGCUGAGAGAGAUCGCAGACUACCAGCACAGCACCGUCACAUGCAAGAAGAAAAAGGAGAAGAAGAAGAGGAAAUGUAAAAGGCUUCUGGCCUUAAAGAAACAGUCCAGCCAGAUUACCCAGCAGGCCCAGUGGGAGAAGGACACAUUCCAGAAGGAAAAGAACAACCUUCUGAUCAUGCUGCAGAGGGGUAAGGAGAACCUGGCUGCCCUGGAGAAGAGGUACACUCAGCUGACUGGCGGGAAGAGGCUCCCCCUCAGUUCCAUGAGCUUUAAUGAGGGUUAUGUCACACUCAAUGAGAUCAAUGAGCUCUAUUGGCAGACUGGGUUUAACCGCACCCCUCAAGGCCAGGGCACGCCCUGCCCUGACAGGCUCUCCUCUGGGCCUGAGCCCAGCCUCUGCCCUGAUGAGACCAACCUCCAGCAAGACAGCAUCCCUCCACAGGAAAAGGUGGACAAGGACAAGACCCCCUGUGUACACUGGCCUGGACACAUGGUGACCUAUGUUGACCCUUCACCUUCCCGUGAAUCGCCUUCUCCUCUUCCUGUCAAAAAACACCGCCGACAGCAUUUUCGUGCGCUGGAAGAGAGGAAGAGGGCAGAGAAGGAAGGGCUGCCUCACUUGAGUGACACUCUUCCUUGCAAGAAGAGCCAAAUGGCCACCUCCACACCUUUUAGCAGUGCCACCCCCAAGGCUCACCUCCCACUUGUGCAGAGCUCCAGUUGUGGCAGUAUUCUCCCCUGCUCUCUGGCCAUCCCUUCCAAAGAUGCGGAGCCCCGCCGCUUGCACAAGGGAAAAGCCAAAAAAGGACACAGUCAGCACCACGUGAACGAGGAGCGCAAGCAGAGGCUGAAUGAGCUGUGCGGGCACACACCCUCCCAGUCCAACGUCUACGUGGACUCCUUCCACUACGGAGACAACAGGCACGACUUUGACACCAUGAGCAUCAACAGCUCUGACAGCAUGGAGACCAGCAUCUCCGCCUGCUCCCCUGACAACAUAUCCAGUCCUGCCAUGUACACCUCACAGGCCACACCACGCUGCACCAGCAUGUCCAACAUGGCCAAGAUUGUGGAAAUGGAACGGCUGCUGAGGGAGGCCAAGCUUGAGAAGAACCGGCUCCUGGAGCACCGGGAGCAUGAGAUGGAGGUGCGCAAGCAGGCUCUGGAUGAAGAGCGGAGGCGCAGGGAGGACCUAGAGAAGCGUCUGCAGGAGGAAACCAGCAAGAGGCAGAAACUCAUUGAGAGGGAGGUGAAGCUCCGUGAGAAACAGAGAGCUCAGUCACGGCCUCUCACCCGUUACCUGCCAGUCAGGAAGGGUGACUUUGACUUGCGCGCCCACAUUGAGUCGGCCGGCCACAGCACAGAAACAUGCUACCACAUGUCCCUGACGGAGAAGACCUGCCGCGGCUUCCUGGUCAAGAUGGGCGGCAAGAUCAAGACCUGGAAGAAGCGCUGGUUCGUUUUUGACCGCAACCGCCGGACCCUGUCCUACUAUGCAGAUAAGCAUGAAGCCAAGCUGAAAGGAGUCAUCUACUUCCAGGCCAUUGAGGAGGUGUAUUACGACCACUUAAAGAACGCUCAUAAGAGCCCCAACCCAUCACUGACAUUCAGCAUUAAGACGCACGACCGUGUUUACUACUUGGUGGCGCCCUCCCCAGAGGCCAUGCGGAUCUGGAUGGACGUGAUAGUCACCGGGGCUGAGGGCUACACCCAGUUCAUGGUGUAGCUGCGGAACCUUCCAGACCAGACCGGACUGCCAGAACUUCUCAGGGCCGGACACUGGUCCUCUAAAGACUACAGUGUCCUCUUUAGGGGCUUUGUUUUUGUUUUGUUUUAUUUUUGAUAUAUAUUUUUUUAUAUCAGGGGGCUCCAAUCUUGAGCCUUGUUCAAUGGAAUAUGCUAGUGCCUUAGUCAUUAUUAUUAUUAUUAUUAUUAUUUUAUGGACUUCUGUCGGAGGCCGAGGAUUGAGGUCGAGGAAGUGGUGCAAGGGCAGGGGCGAUCCAGGAUUUUUAAAAUGAGGUGGCACAGGGGGAUCCAAGAAGCAGCCCAUGGGAAAUCAGAAAAUUCUAUCAGAAAUAAAUACAGUGUUGAAAAUUGGCUUAGAAAACACUGGGCACGAUUUUCAGGCUCUUGUGCAGUGCCAUGUGCCCUAAUACAGGAGGUAUUACAUGAAAAGUGGCACUGCACAAGAGCCUGAAAAUCGUUGUGUAUUGAAUAACUGUUUUGCAUGGAUAGGACAACACAAUUUUGUUCUACUAAAUAAACAACAUCACAUAGGCAUUAAUAAUUCAUUUAACUUGUUUUGUUUUCAAUACAAACAUUGCAGUGUGUGUGUGUGUGUGUGUUCUCUGUACUCCAUGUUCUGAGCUUGAAAUCUGUGUCUGUUCAUGUGGGUUAUCUGCACCGUCACACAUGUAGACUAUGCUCUGCCUCAGAACAGCUGUGUUCUGUGGUUUUUGUGCUGGCUACUAAAUAGUUGGAUAAACUCGUACUGUAUAUUUCAAAAUCUAUAAUUGAGUGUGUACAUACCAUGAACAGAGACAUGGUGUUGUUAAUUUGCCGAAAAAGUCUUGAGUCGUGUCUCUCCUCCUAUUUGACGGUAAAAACGUGGUACUGUGAUUCCGCAUCGCAAAUCAAGCAGCUAUUGACAGCGCACUGAUCCAGUGGCGUUGAGGGGGCACCGG